UGUUCAAGAUGGCGGAAAGACGAAGACGACUGUGUGCACCUUUUUUGCUGGUUUAGCGAUAUUUUCAGAGUCCACGCGAUGUCUGAGGACAAGGAGAACGUUAUUCCUGAUGCACCCGGGGCCUUCAACAUACAGGAGACCAAAGUAGAGGUUCCAAAAGCCCCAAAUAUCGACGACUUUGAGAUCUUGAAGCCGAUCAGCCGCGGCGCGUUUGGAAAAGUCUUCCUGUCACGAAAGAAAAACAACCAGAAGUUGUAUGCCAUAAAGGUUGUGAGGAAGGCUGACAUGGUACAGAAGAACAUGGUUCACCAGACCAUCGCAGAGAGAGAUGCCCUGGCUCUGGUCAAGAGUCCCUUCAUUGUUCACCUCUACUACUCCCUGCAGUCCAGACAAAACAUCUACCUGGUGAUGGAGUACCUGAUAGGUGGGGAUGUGAAAUCCCUGCUACACAUCUAUGGGUACUUUGAUGAAGACAUGGCCGUCAUGUAUACAGCAGAGGUCAUCCUGGCACUCAAGUAUCUACAUGGUCACGGCAUCAUUCACAGGGACAUCAAACCUGACAACAUGCUUAUCUCCAACGAUGGUCACAUUAAGCUGACCGACUUUGGACUCUCCAAAUUCAACUUGAACAGAGAAAUCAACAUGGCAGAUGUGAUGGGUACUCCGUCACAGGUCAAACCAUUGAGUAACGACUACAACCGCACACCAGGACAGCUGCUGUCACUCACCAUGGCUUUGUCAUUCAGCGCACAAAAAUCAGGAACUCCAGUAGCAAAACACAAGCAGCUGCGCCAGUGCAUGAUGGAGAGCCCUAUGAGCUCAGUUCACUCAAGCCCCGUCAGUCUCAACCAAUCAGCAGCAAGCUCCAGAUAUUCCAACCAAUCAGCUAGCGGCUCUUCCUUUUAUGGAAGUGUCUGCAGUGUGCUGAAAAGUCUUGUGCCCAGGGGUGCUCCCUUCAAACCAAGACCGUUGGAUUCUAGUUUUGUAGAGCCAUCACCAGUGAAAUGCCUCACACCAACUCUCCGAGAGGCAAGUAGCUGUCCUGAUUCUUCCACAAGCGAAAUAAAUUUCCUAGGAAAGGGGCCGUCAUCCAAGAACUCAGUUUCCUCCAUGUUUUUUGGCAAAGAGGGAAGUCGUUCCUCUACAGGAAGUGGUGCAAGGCUUUCUGGGAAAUCCACAUCUGGGUUGGAGCAGAAUUUCUUGGCAGUGAAGUCGUCAAAAAAAGUCGGGGAAAGAUCUGUUUCUGCUGGUUCAGACAACGUUUUUGUGGGAUCAGAAGGGAGCAAGGCCAAACUGAAAACCCCCAGUCCAGCUGUACAGCCUGAUAAAAAGGUCAUGCAUCUGGAGACUCCAAGGAGAGACACACCGGCAAAGAACAUCUCUCCCAAAGCCAUUCUCAACCUCUCCUCCCUGACUAACACCUGGCCUGACUGCUGCAGCCCACAGUGGGAGGAGAGUUUCAUGACGCAUGCUGCUAAUGCCAACAACACAAAACAAGACAUCUGCUCUGCUUCACUCCCAGACAGUGGCUGUGUGGUGGACACGGAUGAGGAGAGCCUCUCUUUUAAAAAAGAGGAGUCGGUGGCACCAUUGCAGAACUUUGCACAUGACUACGAUAGAAGAAAGGACAUCAGGGAAGUGAAUAAACAACAUUCUCCUCCUGGUCUCAGAGGUCAGGGGUCAGAGGUGGUAGGGCAUGACCCUAACAACGAGACUGAGUUUUUCUCUCUAGAAAAAGAGGCAGGGGCAGCAGGUCAGAGUUCAAUACAUGGCAGUGACAGAAGAAAGGAAGCAUUUGGUCAGAUUAAGAGGCAUUCCUUUCCUAGUGUCAGAGGUGAUGGGUCAAAUGUCAUAGUUCAUGACCCUAGUGCAAAGUGUAUGCGGGACACAGUAGGGUCAGGUGGAGUGAAGAGGGCUUUUGAGAUGGUAGAAGUAAGCCCAGAGUCAGAUAAUGCUGAGAAGAAGACAGAUAAACUAUGCAAAACUCAGGACACGUUUCCACUGAGGUCCACAGGCUUGACUCUUGCCUUAGACAGGAUCUGUGUGCAGUCUAUCCUUGACUCAGCAACUAACAAGGAUGAUAACAGACAAGACAGCACAAAAGGCCAAGAUGUGCAUGAAAAGUCCAAAGCAGAAGUACCUUUUUCAUCAGAAAAUAUCUCUGUGACAGAUGACUAUGCAAAAGAGAGAAAUGCGCCAUUUGAAAGCACAAGAAAGCAAGCAAAUGGUCAAACUGGAAAAGAUGAAGAGAUGGAUCCAAUCCUGUUACUCAGCAAUCCUCCAAGCCCAAUCGACGUGCACCCACCAGCCUUUCAGCUAGAACACCGUCUAGAUGCUCCACCCCCUGCUGACAAUGUCACGUCUCCUCUAAAGUCUGCAGACACAAGCUUAGAGCAAGACAUGAGUCUGUUAAGUGUUGAGGAUGACGACUCAAGGCCGAACUCACGGAACAUGAACUAUUCCAUAGAAAGUUUGGACCACACGAAGGAAGACUCGCGACCAGGCUCAAGAAGCUUGAACCACUCUGCUGACAACUUAAACGUCAUCUUGGAAGAGCGUUCGGAAGCUUCUGUUGCGUGGAAUCCACCACCUCGGCGACAAAGUACAGGAAUGAUCAAGGAGACCCCGAAGCGAGAGGUUAUGUUCCGGGAUUCGUGCGAGAUCUACGCGCGAAGCGAGCACAGUAACUACUCGUCUGGAGCAGAGUCGUCUAUGUGUAGUGCUGACGGGUGUGCAGACCACACGGGAAUGUCCGUUACCCCUUUUGGGACCCCAAUGAACAAAGGACGGAAGGACUCAAAAGGAACACCUCAGAACAAUGGCUGGAUACAGAAAACCCCUCACCAGACCCCUGCAAGAACCCCCUUCAGGACCCCCAAGAGCGUGCGUCGAGGCCCUGCCCCCCAGGAGGAGGAUGGUAGAGUCCUGGGUACUCCAGACUACCUGGCACCAGAGCUGCUACUGGGGAAGAAACAUGGAGCGGGGGUUGACUGGUGGUCCCUGGGAGUGUGUCUGUUCGAGUUCCUCACCGGAAUUCCUCCAUUUAACGACCAAACACCAGACCUGGUGUUCCAGAAUAUCCUCCAUAGAGACAUUCCCUGGCCAGAAGGAGAGGAGGCUCUGUCAGACCAGGCUAGAGAUGCCAUCGAUUCUCUCCUUUCAAUGGAGGACCACAACAGGCCAGGACCAAGUGAGUUGCGAUCUCACCCGUUGUUUGCUGGGAUAGACUGGGAAAACCUCCAUGACAGGCCAGCUCCUUUUGUACCUUGUCCAGAUGAUGACACUGACACCUCAUACUUCGAGGCACGGAACAACGCACAACACUUACAAAUGUCCGACAUCGACCUUUGAACUCUAAAUUCCUAAAUGCCUUCGGAUCCGGACUUGAAAGAAUGUUUAGGUUCAAGUCCAAAAAAAACCCCUAAAAGUCAAGAACUGAGUCCGGACUUAUUACCAUAAAAGACCAUUUCACAUACCCCUUUUCUUUUCAAACACCUAAAACCUUAAGUAGACUGUAAAAUCUUUGCUGCAACACGAAGAAAACAUUGGCAUCGUCAAGUACCGGCCUCCAUGUUAUGUGUUAAGUUUCACCCAGACAACAUUG